GCAUGUGCCAGCAUGUGCACGUGCCCAUGCUUGUGUGCGCGCGUGCCCGCGGGGCAGUUCGCUCCUGUUUGCCCUGCAGCGGCGGCUCAGUCUUGAAGUCGCCUGGCAGACUUAUCAGCGCGGCGCGCACUUCCUGGUUCUGUUCGCCGGAGAGUCUUGACUUUCUCACCCAGGGAGGCAGCGAGCCGCCCCGCCGCGUGGAAGCGCCGCGUCCCGCACAGUCCACGCAGGACCCGGACCUGCUGCACACACUCUGCCCGGGAAAGUUUCUGGAAACCGGUUCGCGUUUUUGUUUUCAUGCAGAACCCGGCAGCGGGUUCGAGGAGCAGCUGCUGAACCUUUGAGUCCAGCGGACCCGGGACCGGAGAGCCGGCAGGCCGGCGCAGGGAGCCCCAUCUGCGGCUCCACCUGCAGGAUCUCCCCGCUGCUGGAGGCGCCUGAAGCGGCUGCAGGAUGUCAGACUCUGCGUCCAGCUUCCUCCACAUCGGAGACAUCGUGUCUCUGUACGCGGAGGGUUCGGUGAACGGCUUCAUCAGCACGCUGGGGUUGGUGGACGAUCGCUGCGUCGUGGAACCGGCUGCUGGUGAUCUGGAGAACCCGCCCAAAAAGUUCAGAGACUGCCUGUUCAAGGUGUGUCCGAUGAGCCGGUACUCGGCGAAGCAGUACUGGAAGGCCAAGCAGGCCAAGCAUGAGAAGGACAAGAUCGGCGACGUGGUUCUGCUGCAGAAGCUGCAGCACGCAUCCAACCUGGAGCAGAAGCAGAAUGAGACGGAGAACAGGAAGGUCCAUGGAGACAUCGUCAAAUACGGAACCGUCAUCCAGGUAAUCCACAUGAAGAGUAAUAAAUCUGACGGUGAACAAGCGUCUGCCGCUGCUGGAGAGAACGCCAUGCGCGUCACGCUGGACGGGACGGGGAACGAGGGAUCCUUCUUCAUCCAACCAUUCUGGAAACUCCGGGCCAACGGAGACAACGUGGUUGUGGGAGAUAAAGUCAUCAUGAACCCGGUGAACGCCGGCCAGCCGCUUCACGCCUCCAACUACGAGCUCAGCGACCAUCCAGGCUGCAAGGAGGUCAACUCUGUGAACUGCAACACGAGCUGGAAGAUCAACCUGUUCAUGAUGUUCAGCGACCACCGAGAGGAAGUCCUGAAAGGAGGCGACGUCGUCCGACUGUUUCACGCCGAGCAGGAAAAGUUUCUGACCUGCGACGAAUACAAGAGCAAGCUGCACGUUUUCCUGCGGACGACUCUGAGGCAGUCGGCCACGUCGGCUACCAGCUCCAACGCCCUGUGGGAGGUCGAGGUCGUCCACCAUGACCCCUGCCGCGGGGCGGGGCAUUGGAACAGCCUGUACAGGUUCAAACACCUGGCGACAGGAAACUACCUGGCUGCCGAGGAGAACCCGGGGUACAAAGGGGACAACCCUGAGCUGUCAUCCUCGAUGGACGCCAGCCGCAGCAGCAAGCGUUUCCAUGGCGAACGGAUCAAGUACAAGCUGAUGGUGGUUCCCCACGGCAACGACAUCGCCUCGCUGUUCGAACUCGACCCGACGACCCUGCAGAAAACCGACUCCUUCGUCCCGCGGAACUCCUAUGUGCGGCUGAGACAUCUGUGCACCAACACCUGGAUCCAGAGCACCAACGUUCCCAUCGACAUCGAUGAGGAGCGGCCCAUCAGGCUCAUGCUGGGAACCUGCCCCACCAAGGAGGACAAGGAGGCCUUCGCCAUCGUCUCCGUUCCUGUCAUGGAGAUCCGCGACCUGGACUUCGCCAACGACGCCAGCGCCAUGCUGGCCACCGUGGUGGAGCAGUUCAACUCCGGCUUCAUCACCCAGAACGACCGCCGGUUCGCCAUCAAGCUGCUGGAGGACGUGGUUUUCUUCGUGGCCGACGUGGCCAACAGCGGCCAGCCGGUUCUGGACGUGGUCAUGUCCAAACCCAACCGGGAACGGCAGAAACUGAUGAGGGAGCAGAACAUCCUGAAGCAGAUCUUCGGCAUCCUGAAGGCUCCCUUUAAGGACCGCGGUGAGGACGACGGCCCGCUGCUGCGUCUGGAGGAGCUGGCCGACCAGAAGAACGCGCCGUACCAGUACAUGCUGCGGCUCUGCUACCGGGUGCUGAGGCACUCCCAGGAGGACUACCGCAAGAACCAGGAACACAUAGCGAAGCAGUUUGGAGUGAUGCAGAGUCAGAUCGGCUACGACAUUCUGGCGGAGGACACCAUCACCGCUCUCCUCCACAACAACCGCAAGCUGCUGGAGAAACACAUCACCAAGACGGAGGUGGAGACGUUCGUCAGCCUGGUGCGCAAGAACCGGGAGCCGCGGUUUCUGGACUACCUCUCUGAUCUGUGUGUCUCCAACAACGUGGCGAUUCCCGUCACCCAGGAACUGAUCUGUAAAUGUGUGCUGGACCCCAAAAACCAGGACAUUCUCAUCAAGACGGAGCGGCGGGUCCCAAAAGAGGCUCAUCCUGGAGCCGUUCAGGGAGAAUAUCUGGGGAUGGACGAGUACGGCGACGAGGACGAGGUCUGGCUGAUGUGGACGGAUAAGACCAACGAGAAGCAGGACAAGAGCAUCCGCCAGCUGGCCCAGGAAGCCAGACAAGGAAACGCUCACGAUGAAAACGUCCUCACCUACUACAGGUACCAGCUGAAGCUGUUUGCUCGGAUGUGUCUGGACCGGCAGUACCUGGCCAUAGACGAGAUAUCCAAGCAGCUGGACGUGGAGCUCAUCUUCCUCUGCAUGAUGGACGAGACGCUGCCCUUUGACCUCCGGGCUUCUUUCUGCCGCCUCAUGCUGCACGCACACGUCGACCGAGACCCUCAGGAACUCGUGACGCCGGUGAAGUUCGCCCGACUCUGGACCGAGAUCCCGACCUCCAUCACCAUCAAGGAUUAUGAUUCCAACCUGGACGACAGCAGAGACAACAAGAAGAACCGUUUUGCGAACACCAUGGUGUUCAUGGAGGAGUACCUGAACAACGUCCUGAACGAUGAGCUUCCGUUCCACAACGAGGAAAAAAAAAAACUCACCUACGAGGUGGUGAGUUUAGCCAGACAUUUGAUCUACUUUGGUUUCUAGUUCUUUGAGCUGCUCAGACUCACCAGGACUCUGCUGGGCAUCAUUGACUGCAAACCCAACCCGACACACACCGGCAUCCCGUUUCAGGAGGAAAGCUCAGGGAGAAACGUGAGGCGCACCAUCCAUGGGAUGGGCCAGAUGAUGUCCACCAGUCUCAACCGGAGGCAGUCCACGUUCAGCGGCGCCGGGCCGAGGGGGGCCGGGUUCGUGCUGGAAGGACAGAGAGGCAGCAAGGAUUCCAUCGACAAUCUGGAUCUAACGGUGAUGGACACCAAGCUGAAGAUCCUGGAGAUUUUACAGUUCAUCCUGAACGUGCGGCUGGACUACCGUCUGUCCUUUCUGCUGUCCGUCUUCAAGAAGGAGUUCCUGGACGUUUAUCCCAUGGCUGAAGCUGACGCCACCACCAACGUGGAACAAGCAGCCACCGUCAACCUGCAGCAGAUCGGCGACCAGGCGGAGGCCAUGUUUGGAGUCGGGAAGAUGAACAGCGUCCUGGAAGUGGACGACGAAGGAGGCCGGAUGUUCCUGCGGGUCCUGAUCCAUCUGACGAUGCACAACUACGCCCCUCUGGUGUCCGGAGCGCUGCUGCUCUUCAGGCACUUCAGCCAGAGGCAGGAAGUGCUGGACACCUUCAAACAGGUGCAGCUGCUGAUUUCCACGCUGGACGUGGAAAACUACAAGCUGAUCAAAGCCGACCUGGAUCGGCUCCGCACGCUGGUGGAGAAGUCGGAGCUGUGGGUGGAGAAGAAGAGCUCAGGUGGAGGAGACGGGAAGAAAGACAAGAAGGAGAAGGUGGAGGGGGCGUCAGAGGACCCAUCGCCAAAGAAAGAGAAGCAGCAGACAGGAAACGAGAACUACCAGAACGUCAAAGAGAUUCUGGAGCGGCUCAAUAAAAUGUGCAGCUCUGGAGCCUUGAAGAAGCAGCAGCGGCUGCUGAAGAACAUGGGAGCUCAUAAAGUCAUGCUGGACCUGCUGCAGGUUUCCUACGACAAGAACGACGUGAAAAUGCAGGAGAUCAUCAGAUUCACUCACAUGUUUCUGCAGAAGUUCUGCCUGGGGAACCAGGAGAACCAGGCGCUGCUGCACAAGAACCUCAGCCUGUUCUGAACCCCGGGGCUGCAGGAGGCUGAGACGGUGCAGCACAUCUUCAGCAACAACUACCAGCUGUGCAGCGAGAUCUCGGAGAGCGUGCUGCAGCACUUCAUCCACUGCCUGGCGACGCACGGACGCCACGUCCAGUACCUCAACUUCCUGCACACCAUCAUCAAGGCCGAGGGGAAGUACGUCAAGAAGUGCCAGGACAUGAUAAUGACCGAGCUGACCAACGCCGGCGAGGACGUGGUCGUCUUCUACAACGACAAGGCGUCGUUCAACGCCAUGCUGGAGCUGAUGGCCCAGAGCAGGGAGGGAGUCGGGGAGAACAGCCCGCUCAGGUACCACAUCUCUCUGGUGGAGCUGCUGGCCGCCUGCGCCGAGGGCAAGAACGUUUACACCGAGAUCAAAUGCACGUCGCUGCUGCCGCUGGAGGACGUGGUCCGGGUCGUUACGCACGAGGACUGCAUCACCGAGGUGAAAAUCGCCUACGUGAACUUUGUGAACCACUGCUACGUCGACACCGAGGUGGAGAAAGAAAUCUACAUCCACAUCUGGAAGCUGUUUGAGGAUUUCACCGUGGACAUGGCGCGGGUUUGCAACAAGCGCGAGAAACGACUCACCGACCCGGUUCUGGAGAAAUACAUCAUCAACGUGGUUUUUGACACCAUCACCGCCUUCUUCAGCUCUCCGUUCUCUGAGAACAGCACGUCUCUGCAGACUCAUCACACCAUCGUGGUCCAGCUGAUGCAGUCGUCCGUCAGGCUGCUGGAUUGUCCCUGGCUGCUGCCGCUGCACCGCGGUCAGGUGGAGGCCUGCAUCAAGACGCUGUCGCUGACAGCUAAGAACCGCUCCAUCUCCCUCCCUCUGGAGCUGGAGGCCAUGAUCAACAACGUGUUGUCCAGCUUGGCCACGAACACCCUGAACCGCUCCGCCUACAAGACGCCGACCCGCAGCGCCAGGCCCGUCCCCUUCGACUACAAGAACAUCAUUGAGAAACUGCAGGACAUCAUCAACACGCUGGAGGAGCGUCUGAAGCCGCUGGUCAACGCGGAGCUGUCGGUGCUGGUGGACGUCCUGCACCAGCCGGAGCUGCUGUUCCUGGAGGGAAGCGACGCGCGGCAGCGCUGCGAGUCCGGCGGCUUCAUCUCCAAACUGAUCCAGCACACCAAGGCGCUGAUGACCUCAGAGGAGAAGCUGUGCAUCAAAGUGCUGAAGACGCUGCAGCAUAUGCUCAUCAGGACCCUGGACUUUGAUGACAAGGGAAUGCUGCUGCGUAAGGUUCUGCUGCAGAACUACCUGUUCUCCAACAGGAAGGGCAACCAGAAGAACGACCUGGCUGACCUGGGAGCCGCAGGUGGCGAACAGGAGCGCGACUGGGCAGCGGUGGCGGCCAUCCAGUGCCGUCUGGACCGGGAAGGAGGAACGAAGCUGUUCACCGACCUGGUGAUGAGCUCCAAGAACGACAAGAUCUUCCUGGAGAGCAUCCAGCUGGCCAUCUGUCUGCUGGAGGGAGGCAACACGGAGAUCCAGAACUCCUUCUACAAACUGAUGAUGGGCGACAACAAGUCGGAGAAGUUCUUCAAGGUUCUUGAUGACCGGAUGAAAGAAGCUCAGAUGGACAUUAAGGCGACGGUUUCUGUAAACGUUGGUGAAAUGACGCACAAGGCCAACGAGAAGGAGCUGGAGGCCGGAGGACUUCCUCUGAUGGUCCACGGUCAAAGCAUCGCCCCGGUAACAGCCGCCAUGUCCACCCAGCAGGCAGAGGAGCAGCGGGAGGCGGAGAUGGAGAUGGGACCAGCGGUCACCAUCAUGAAGCCCAUCCUGAGGUUCCUGCAGCUGCUGUGUGAGAACCACAACUACAACCUGCAGAACUUCCUGCGUUGCCAGAACAAUAAAACCAACUACAACCUGGUGUGUGAGACGCUGCAGUUCCUGGACAUCAUGUGUGGAAGCACCACCGGCGGACUGGGCCUGCUGGGCCUCUACAUCAACGAAUCAAACGUCCACCUGAUCAUCCAGACCCUGGAGACGCUCACAGAGUACUGCCAGGGCCCCUGCCAGGAGAACCAGACGUGCAUCGUGACUCACGAGUCCAACGGCAUCGACAUCAUCACGGCGCUGAUCCUGAACGACAUCAGCCCGCUCUGUCGGUACCGGGUGGAGAUGGUUCUGCAGCUGAAGGACAACGCCUCCAAGCUGCUGCUGGCGCUGAUGGAGAGUCGUCAUGACAACGAGAACGCAGAGAGGAUCCUGUUCAACCUGCGACCGAGGGAGCUGGUGGAGGUGAUCAAGAAGGCGUACCAGCAGGACAGCGAGUGUGAGGAGGAGGAGCAGGUGGAGGGGCAGGAGGAGGUGGAGGUGUCGCCGCGGGAGGUGGGACACAACAUCUACAUCCUGGCCCAGCAGCUGGCGAGACACAACAAAGUUCUGCAGAACCUCCUGAAGCCGCCCAAGAACAGCAAGGAGGGCGAGGAGGGCAUCUCCUCCAUGCUGACCCUGCAGAGCCGUCCUCUGUCCCAGAUGUUGAAAUCUUCGGCUCCAGCUGAGGUUGUGGAUCAGGAUCCUCUGGAAUACUACGACCAGCUCACGGCUCAGAUCGAGAUUGUGCGUGAGGACCGCAGCAUGGAGCAGAUUGUGUUUCCUGUUCAUCCCAUCUGCGAGUUUCUCACCGAGGAGUCAAAGGUCAGAGUCUUCAACACCACCGAGCAGGACGAGCAGGGGUCGAAGGUCACGCACUUCUUUGAGCAGACGUCAUUCCUGCACGGAGAGAUGGAGUGGCAGAAGAAGCUGAGGAGCAUGCCGGUUCUGUACUGGUUCUCCAGGAGGAUGACUCUGUGGGGAACCAUCUCCUUCAACCUGGCCGUCUUCAUCAACCUCAUCAUCGCCUUCUUCUACCCCUACGACUCUGGCCAGGGAGCGAUCGACGACUCCAUGCUGCUGAUGCUGUUCUGGAUCCUGACCGGGCUCUCCGUCCUGGGCUUGUUCUCCAAGCAGUACGGCCUGCAGCCGCUGACGCUGGCGCUGAUCCUGCGCUCCAUUUACCACCUGGGCAUCAGAAACACGCUCAUCCUGCUGGGAUCGCUCAACCUCAUCAAUAAGGUGGUGUUUGUCGUGAGCUUUGUGGGGAACAAUGGAACCUUCAUCAUGGGCUACAAAGCCAUGGUGAUGGAUGUGGAGUUCCUGUACCACCUGGCCUACGCCCUCACCUCCACCCUGGGCCUCUUCGUCCAUGAGCUCUUCUACAGCAUCCUGCUGUUUGACCUGAUCUACCGGGAGACGCUGUUCAAUGUGAUCAAGAGCGUGACCCGGAACGGGCGCUCCAUCCUGCUGACGGCGCUGCUCGCCCUCAUCCUGGUCUACCUCUUCUCCAUCCUGGGCUUCCUGUUCCUGAAGGAGGAUUUCAUCAUGGAGGUGGAUCCGCUGCGGCAGCUGACGGCAGACCCUCAGCACAGCGAGGCGGCGCAGGACUUCCUCAAGUCGUGCUCCACAGACGGAGUGAGCUGCACCACCGAGACCAGCGUGGAGACGGAGGAGGAAGGGGAGCCCAGCACAGAGCGGGCCUGCGAUACGCUGCUCAUGUGCAUCGUCACCGUCCUGAACCACGGCUAGAACGGGGGAGGCGUGGGAGACGUCCUCCGUAAGCCAUCCAAAAACGAGCCGCUGUUCCCGGCGCGCGUCGUCUACGAUCUGCUCUUCUACUUCAUCGUCAUCAUCAUCGUCCUCAACCUCAUCUUCGGCGUCAUCAUCGACACGUUCGCCGACCUGCGGAGCGAGAAGCAGAAGAAGGAGGAGAUCCUGAAGACCACAUGCUUCAUCUGCGGUCUGGAGAGAGAUAAGUUUGACAACAAGACGGUGUCGUUCGAGGAGCACAUCAAGCUGGAGCACAACAUCUGGAACUACCUGUACUUCAUCGUUCUGGUCCGGGAGAAGAACCAGACGGAUUACACGGGUCCAGAGAGCUACGUGGCCCACAUGAUCAAGAACAACAACCUGGACUGGUUCCCACGGAUGCAGGCCAUGUCUCUGGUGGUAACCGACGGAGACGGCGAGCAGAACGAGAUGCGGAUGCUGCAGGACAAGCUGGUGUCGACCAUGAAGGUGGUGACGACGCUGACGGGCCAGCUGAACGAGCUGAAGGAGCAGAUGACGGAGCAGAGGAAGAGGAAGCAGAGGAUGGGCUUCGUGGACGUCCAGGCCGGAGCGAGUGGCGGCGUGCCGCCGAGCGCCGCUGGAGGAAACCAUCAGAUCUACAAACCCUAGAGAGACUGAAUAGCAUCUAGCUGGACUGAUGCUGCAGGAGCACACACACACACACACACACACACACACACACAGACACACACACACACACAGAGACACUCUGUUCUGAUGUGUAAAACCUGCUGAGUUGUAAAGAUCAGCAGCAGAUUGAACAGUUUGUGCUUCAGUUUGUGCUGCUUUUUCUCAUAAAUUAUUGUGAUGCAUUAAAGGACCUUCAGAGGCUGGAGGUCCGGUCCAGACACUGAAGGAGGUUCUGUUCGGUCCGAGUGGAAGGAUACUGAUCGUUAAUAAACUAAAAUCUGUUUUAAUGUAGAAACAAAAAGCCGUGAAAGUUGUUUAGGAAAAGGAAAGUUGUGUGUUUAGAUCAGAUGUUGAAAUAAAAUCCGUUGCUGUUCUCUAAUUAAACUGCGUUGAGUUUUUACUGAGUUUCUAUAAAUAUCGUUAUUAUUGCAGAGUUCAGACAGAAAGCAGCCGAUGUGGCCCAGACGACCGUGAACAAGCUGCGGCGCCGGACCCACAGCGGCGCGGUGGUCCCGCCGGGUCCGCCAGGUCUGGUCUGCCGGGUCUGGGUCUGCCAAGUCCAGGUCUGGGUCCGCCGGAUCCGGGUCUGCCGGGUCCACCGGUCUGGGUCCUGCCGGGUUUGGGUGUGCCAAGUCCGGGUCCGGGUCUGCCGGGUCUGGGUCCUGCAGGGUCUACGGUUCACAUCCACCAGCUGACUGAGUUUCAUCCUGAUUGUUGAUUUAAACUGUUUGCUCGUCGUAAUAAAUCUUUAUUUUCCCUGUUUGUGAAUCUGAUGGUUCACAGGUCCAUUAUGUUACACAUUAAA